UCCCAGCCCCGGGCCGGGCGCUGAUGGAACCGCGGCGAUGUUCACUCUGGCCAGGCUGCUGGAUUUCCAGAAAACCAAAUAUGCGAGGUUUAUGAAUGACCGAGUCCCAGCGCACAAGAGGUACCAGCCCACAGAGUAUGAACAUGCAGCCAACUGUGCCACCCAUGCUUUCUGGAUCAUUCCCAGCAUCCUUGGCAGCUCCAACCUCUACUUCCUGUCCGACGAUGACUGGGAGACCAUAUCCGCCUGGAUCUACGGCCUUGGCCUCUGUGGCCUCUUUGUGGUGUCCACCAUUUUCCACACAGUCUCAUGGAAGAAGAGCCAUCUCAGGAUGGUAGAGCACUGCCUGCACAUGAUCGACAGGAUGGUGAUUUACUUCUUCAUCGCAGCCUCCUAUGCUCCCUGGCUGAACCUUCGGGAGCUGGGUCCCUGGGCCUCCCACAUGCGCUGGCUGGUUUGGAUCAUGGCCUCCAUCGGUACCGUCUAUGUCUUUUUCUUCCAUGAACGGUACAAGCUUGUGGAGCUGCUUUGCUAUGUGGUGAUGGGUUUCUUCCCCGCCCUGGUCAUCCUCUCCAUGCCCAACACGGAUGGCAUCUGGGAGCUGAUGACAGGAGGGGCUUUCUACUGCCUAGGCAUGGUGUUCUUUAAGAGUGACGGGAGAAUUCCCUUUGCCCAUGCCAUCUGGCACCUCUUUGUGGCAUUUGGUGCUGGUACCCACUACUAUGCCAUCUGGAGGUACCUGUAUCUGCCCAGCACACUGCAGACCAAGGUGUCCAAAUGA